CAGUCCACGUGACCCAAUCCCCGCCGCCAUGAUUGUUACUGGCAGUGAAGCCUGUGCGGAGGUUGUGGAGCAGCACCAGCGGAGCCUCGUAGAGUAUCAGUCCGAGCCUCAGUGCGUGUCGUCCCGGUCAGCAGUCAUGGUUCAGACGUGCUCCGCGUACGGCUGUAAGAACCGCUACCAUAAAGACAAAGACAUUUCCUUCCACAAGUUCCCUUUGGCGCGCCCAGAUGUUUGUUGUAAAUGGGUGGCGGCGAUGAGGAGAAACAACUUCAAGCCGACGAAGUACAGCAACAUCUGCUCGCAGCACUUCACCAAAGACUGCUUCAAGAGAGAGUGCAACAACAGAGUGCUGAAGGAGAACGCUGUGCCGUCGCUCUUCACCUUCAACCUCAACAUCAAGUCAAAGUCCCUGGAGGAUCCCUUCACAUCAGAGAUCCACUUCCCUCUCUCUCUGCCUCUGACCUCUGACCUGGCGGUGGAGGAGGAGGAGGAGCCCGGGAGGAGCCUUCCCGAGAUCCGGUGCGAAACACUGGCGGUCUCCUGCGACCACAACUACACAGCGGAGGACUCUUUUUGGCAGAAGAAGCGCAUCGAGCAGCUGGAGGAGCAGUUGGGGAGUCUGAGGAAGAAGCUAAAGACGACGCAGCAGAAGUGUCGGCGGCAGGAGAGACAGCUAAAGAGGCUGAAGGUGGCGUGUGAGACACAAAGAACCGGUCGCGAGCCGCCAACAGCUCUGGGAGAGGGAUAUGUGAUUUUACCGAAACACCUGUACCACACACUCAAAGGCCUCGAGUAACGAGGAAACGAGAGACGAGCGUGUGGUCAAAUUAAAAUCUGCUGCAGGUUCAAUCUCACAUCUGUCAGCAGCAGCUGGCGGACUGUUGAAGAGCUGCUGAGCGAGGCGGCGAACCCUCCGAGCUUAGAGCUGAAGGACUCACUUGUUCGGGAAGUGCAAAUGCAAGAUGUGGAUCCGAUUUGAUGGAUACAACAAACUCUUUUCAUAUCAUUUUGUUUCUGUUUGGGCUGCGGUGAAAUGACUUUAAGUAAUGUCACUUUAAAUGAACAGUUCAACAUUUUGGGGUUUGGUUUUAUUGGGAGUUCUAUGGCUGAAACCAUUUCUUGACAAACAGCUGGGUUGCUCUGUUUCCCCUGGAGUCUUGUCGUCACAUUGAGGUUGCUAGGCAACCAGUGGAGACGCUGCACUGAAGUACUGGGUGGAUGGAUAAACUUUUGUUCUUCAAGAAAUAGUUCCAACAUGUAACUCCCCCUAAAAUCACAAACUGAUGUCUUUUAUUAUGCUUCCGUGCCGACGACAGCCGCGGCUGUCAGGCAUUAUGUUUUCGGGUUGUCCGUCCAAUUCUCGUGAACGCGAUAUCUCAGGAACGCCUCGAGGGAAUUUCUUCAAAUUUGCCACAAACGUCCACUUGGACUCGAGGAUGAACUGAUUCGAUUUUGGUGGUCAAAGGUCGAGGUCGCUGUGACCUCACAAAGCACGUUUUUAGGCCUUAACUCAAGAAUUCAUAUGACAAUUAUGACAAUUAUAUAACACAAAUAUCUAACAGGAUGAAUUGAUGACAUUUUGGACAGACAUGGAUGUAAACUGCAAUUUGACUGGUAGACGGAGGCGUACAACCGUGAAGCAGUAAUUAUAGUAUUUGUUUGUGUAAUGAUUUAACAAACAAGUUGAAGUUGUUAAUCAGUGAGCUUCAGGGGUGUUUGAAGAUUUAUUUUUGAAUUUCAGCCUGGCUAGCUGUUUCCCUUUAAGCUAGGCCGACCAUCCUGACUCCAGCUCUGUAGUUAACACACAAACAUGACUUUGAUAUCGAUACUCUCAUUUCAGUCUCCGAAAGAUAACAAACUAUUUUUCCCAAAAUGUUGAACUGAUCCGUCAGAGAUCCUGGUUUGGGAUUUGGGGGAUUCCAAACCCCCUCCCUAUGCUCUAUCCUAUUUAUGUUUUUUGACUUUGAAGAAUUCUUCCUUAAAGGAAGUGAAACAAAUUGUACAUUUGUAAUACUUUUGAAUGGUUUACUUUCUUUCAGUAUUUUUCUUCACAUAAAGAUGAUGCAAAAACA